AUGGAGGCUACUCUGGCUGAGGACAAAAUGGAAAUGGCGUCUCCCUAUCAGGGCCACAUCGACGAUUUCGACAUUGAUAUCGACAUCAUGGAAGACCAAGUUUCGACAACAGAUAAGGAUAUGAUGCUGGCGGACGACUUUCAGGAGUCUAUAAGCGAAGUCGAUCAUGACCAAGGAGCUGCUCGCGAUGCCGAUAUGACCGAUGAUAUUGCCGAACGGACGAUGGCUGAUGCCGAAGACGCUUUCGCCGACGAAGGAUACAACAUUGAAAUGCAGUACGGGUCAGAUCGCGUUUAUGAAGCAGAGAUGCUAGAAGACGACUAUGACGAGGAUGUCGAUGCUCCCGUGACAGACGUCGAAGCUCAGCCAUCUCUUGAACCCACUAAUGACCAAGCGGAACAGCACCAAGGUCCAUCCGAUGGAAAACCCGCUUCAGACGGACAUGAAGGGUCUCGCGAGCAACUUUACAAGGAGCCCAACACAGAACAGGAAGCCGAGGUCCUUACGAGCCACCAGGAUGAUACCCAGCCUGAACCGGAGAACCUCCGAGAGCCCGCUGCGGAUCAGGUCGAAGAUAGAGAAGUUGAAAAAGGUCAUAUUGACACCAAUGAAGCAGAGCAUGGGAUUGCGGACUCCGCACGAUCCGAUCAACAGGUUGCCAAUGCGGACCAGUCGCCCCAGGUUCAAGCACAGGAAAGUAAUCUAGAAGCUCAGCCCCUCACAAGUAAUGUUGAAGGAGAAUCACGGGAGGAAGUAGCGGUCGAGGAGGAGCGGGAUCUCGAAAAUGAAGUUGAGCAUCAGGAUGGUGACAAAGCCGAGGGGGAAGAUGUGGAAGAGGCAGACGCCAACGCCACGCCUAGUCAAGACGUUCAACAACUGGCUGAGCAAGGAGUCGAUGUGACAGAGCAUGAAGCUCUGUAUCCAGUAAAGGUAUAUUACCAAGAGACCGAGAUCUCCCUUUUCCCCCCUAGAGAGGGCGAUUCUUCGGAGACGUUCUUCUUAGAAGACGAAAGUCUCGCAUAUGGUUCAUUUGCGAAACUCCUUGGAGCAUGCCGUGAUGUGCUCAAGGAGCAUGUCAGCGAAAAGGAGGUGCUCAUUAUGGAUGUUGAUGCCUUGAAUCUCCAGCUUGUCGAGGAUUCUAUGCACAUUGACAAGAUCACACUAUCUCAGAUAGUUGACCUGUACUUGCGUUUAUGCCACAAUGAGGGCAUCAAUGAACCAGAGCCUCUGUAUCUCUCGCUUAGCACACGACUAACACUUUCCGCCGAACUUUCAGAGCUUCUAGCCGCAGCCAACGAAGGGAAGGGACUUACCGAUGUUCUUGCUUGGGAUAGUUAUGCAGAGGCUGAAGCUGUCUCCGCACAAUUAUAUGUUGGUCUUGACGAGGAACCUUACUCUGAUCUGCCACAGGAAGAAGAACACGCCUCUGAAACUAAGAAAGACGAAAACGCCGGAAUCGAGCUUUCUGGAGCCGCUUCUAUUUCCCAACAAGACCAUGAUAAGCAUGACGAUGAGAACGAAACCGAACAUAGUCCUCAGUUGGAAGUUAAACCUCCGACUGAUAAUCGUGACAACGAUACAUUUGAAGAAGAACUUGCGGAUAAGGCUGUCGAAGCUCAGUUCGAGGCUGAAACUGAAGGUCACGCAGCAGACUUUGAACACUCGAAUGAACAGUCAUAUCAUUACGAGGAGCAGAGCGAAUCGAGUGCCACGAUUACUCAGCUACCACCGGCUGAGAUUGCGGACGAGGGCCACACAGCUGGCGAGUCUACCAGUGUCGUCGGCGAUCAGCCUGACGAGGAUCAAUACGAUUAUCACGACAGUAACGGUGAUGAUAUUGACGGAUCAUAUGCUGAGGAAAACGCCCGUCUCGAAGACUUUGACGCGUCAGAAGAGGCUGACCAGCAUGAGACUGGCGAAAAUGUAGAAGAAGCUCCUGUUAACCUCUACGAUGGCACUUCCGGAGUUGAGCUGCAGGAAGCUGAUCAGGAACGAUCCCUCGAUGAACAGGAUGCUAUUCAGCUUUCUGAAAAAUCUACUGCAGCUUUGGAAAGUCACGAGAACUUUGAGCGAAUGUCAUCGCAUGGUAAUGAUGCUUCCGCAUCGCAUCAAGAUCCAGAAGUCGACUUAAACGAAGUCUCACAGGAUGGAGAUCUCAAUACUGAGCCUACUUUGAAUCUAGCAGAAGAUGCGAUUGGUGUUGAUGAUAACCUACUGGAAAACUCCAACGAAGAUCAUAACGACGAGGAAAAAGAAGUCUCCCAUGCAGAUGAGUUUGACGAUCUUGGAGAUUUCGAAAACGAGACCGAGCACGUUCCGUCCGUGACCGCCAGCCAUAACACGGAGGAUAAUUUGGAGUUUGACGACGAUUAUCUUGAUCUGGAGUUUCGAGAAGAAUUGGGCGAGAUUACAAAUGAAGCUUCCGGUAAAUCACCAAGCCAGCCGUCGACCAAACGCCAUCGUGAACCGGAAGACGAAGUUGAGUUAAUUGAGACGCCCUCACCCGACGCUAAACGAUCCCGAUCCUCAUAA